AUGUACCACUCACCUUACCCAACACCUUCUGUUCCGUCGGAUGUUUCAGUUUCGCAGUUCCUCGUCAGCAGCAACCCAGAUGACGUGCCCCCAGAUCAGAAAAUUUUGAGCGAUUUCGACAGCCAACAGCAGACUCUGACGAUUCAAGAGCUUCGUUUUAAUGCAGCACGAGAUGCCUCCACUCUCAUUUCACGGUUUGGGCUUCAAGGAGAUGUGGUCUGCAUCUUCGCCCCGAACUCUAUUUCGUGGGUAGCUCUGGCUCACGCAAUCCUGUGGGCUGGUGGGUGUUUCUGUGGCAUCAAUUCCAUGGCAACUGCACAUGAGCUGACUCACUACUUUACUGUGGCUCAACCGAGCAUAAUCGCAGUCGACGACGAGCUGUUGCCCAAGGCCCUAGAAGCCUUGAAGCAACUGAAGUUGAGGACAACUCCAAGACUGCUCGUUAUUGAUGAUGAGAGCAAUGCUCGAAAGCAAGAUGACUACCCUAGGUUUCCUUUGAAUUUCAGGUCUUCAAAAGAAAGCCCCAUACAGCCUUUCGAUCUUUCCAGGCGAGACAAUCGGAAGAUCCCUGCAGGGAUGUGCUUCAGUUCUGGGACGUCGGGCAAACCAAAGGGUGUUGUCUUCUCUCACCAUAACCUUAUCGCGUAUCUCCUCACACUCCGUGCCACGAAUCCUUUCACGCACAAUGCCUACAUGAGAGAAGCUUUCUUUCCGUCCUUCGCGCACAUAUACGGCAUUGUGUCUGGAGUUUUAUUGCCGGCUUGGGUAGGAAAUCAUGUCCAGCCAAUGAGGAAAUUCGAGUACCUGCCGUACCUCCGAAGGUGCUCUGAACUGAAAGCAACGGUAUUGAGACUGGUUCCGGCAGCAGCAGUACGAAUGGUGAAGGACACAGCGAUAAGGAAUCUAGAUCUGUCCUCGGUGCAUACGGUUAUGUGCUCUGGUGCCCCACUAUCCGACGCUACGGUGAAGGGGCUGAAGCGGCUUCUUGGACCCGAAACCAAUGUUCUCAACGGCUAUGGAAUGAGCGAGGCCACUAUCACCCUUCUCAGACAUACAAGAAAUGGACAAAAGGGUGCUAGUGUUGGCAAGCCUGCCGCUGGAGUCACCGUUCGCGUGGUAGAUGACCACUUCAAGGACGUACCAAUAGGCAACGAAGGCGAGUGUCUGGUCAAAGGGCCGACAGUCUUUCUGGAGUAUAAGAGCAACCCGACAGAAACUGCCUCGGCCUUCAGAGACGAAUGGCUAUGUACUGGAGAUGUUGUCAAAGUUGAUGAAGAUGGGUACUUUUGGUUGACUGGAAGGAAGAAAGAACUGAUCAAAUACAAAGGGAAUCAGAUCGCACCAGCGGAAUUGGAAGCUAUACUGCUUUCUCACCCCUCGGUCAUGGAUGCGGGGGUAUGUGGAAUGGCACGGGGCGGUGAGGGAGAAGAGGUUCCGAUCGGGUUUGUCUGCUUGCCACCUUCGACAGAAAAGGCGGACCAUUCAGAAACGUUGGAUGAGAUAAGAAUUUACGUGGAGGAGCGUGUGGCCCCUUAUAAACGGUUGAGAGGAGGGCUUCAUCAUCUCGAGUCACUUCCGAAGAAUAACUCAGGCAAGCUGAUCAGGAGCGAGCUCGCAGCUAUUGCGAGGAGGAUACACCAGACUAGAGCUAGAUUGUGA